AUGAAGCAGAAGCUUGAUGAAGAGGGUAACAAGUGCAACAUCCUUUCUAAGCAGCAGAGGUUUAAUGAACAUUGUUGCAUGCGUUGCUGCUCCCCUUUUACUUUUCUCAUCAAUACUAAACGACAGUGCCAAGACUGCAAAUAUAACAUCUGCAAGAACUGCAGCUCUUAUCAGAGGAAGGAGAAAGCUUGGCUCUGCAACAUGUGUCAGCAAGCUAGACUUCUAAGAGCUCAAUCCCUGGAAUGGUAUUACAAUAAUGUGAAAAGUCGCUUCAAGCGUUUUGGAAGUGCUAAAGUUCUGAAGAAUUUAUAUAGAAAACAUCGCCUGGAAACUGGAACAUGCUCUGACAUACUAGCAGGACAUUUUUGUGAAGGAACCUCAGAAAAUGAAGGAAGCAAAUGUGGCAGUGAUUCUAUUUUCUACAAACAGACAGAAGGACAUAGUAUGUUAGAUACACUUGCUGUAGCCUUGCGUGUUGCAGAAGAAGUAAUAGAAGAAGCUAUUUCCAAGGCAGAGACAUACAAUGACAGUUUGGACAAACAGCAUGAAGCUUGUUACUUGCAAGACCAUAAAGAAGAGCUGAUAGAAGAGCUUGCUUCCACCAUUCUCCAGAAGAUUAUAAGAAAGCAAACAGUCAAAACUGAGCAAGUGGAAACUGGCUUUGAAAGGCCACAGUUCAUGAACAACAGAAGUCUGACAUCUGCUGUUCUCCCAGAACAGAACAUGCUGACUUUUCCGAGGAGCCACAGGGGAACAUACGCAUUAUGGAGAUCCCAAUCUGCGUUUUCACUGACUAAUGAAGAUACAUCAGCCAGAGACCCAGUUCUCACACCUACCAUGUUUGAAUCUGUCUUGAGGGAACCAAAAGGCCCAAUCAAGAAACAAGAACACAAACUAUCUACAUUGCCUAGCUGGAAGAGUGUGGACCAAUUAAAUGAACCAAAUUUUCCUCCUGUUUUACAAAGUACAGAUGGAAACUGGGUAGCCUUGCAAAAUGUCAUUUUGCCUUGUCCUCGAAUUCUUGCCAAACCAAAGAGCCAGGUGUUCAAAGCUUUGGAGAAAGAAUCCAGUGUUAUAUCUGCUUAUGAUGAGAUGGGCUCAGAUAGCGAAGAUAACUGUGACUGGAAUGUGGCUUUGAACAAGCUACAGCAGAGGCCUCAGCAGCUUUCAAAUUAUGUUGAAUCUCAGCACAAUGCCGAAUGGAGUUAUGGCAAUGAAUUAUACCAGUCUGUGACUUCCCUAUCACCUAGGGUGUUUACCAAUGAGACAGUGUACUCUGAUUCAGAAACAUCACCAGUCAAUUCUUCAAGGGAGGCUAAAACAUCUAGUCUCUUAGGAAUACAGAAAGGAACUUGCAACAAUAAAUACAGAGAGGAAAAAGCACAGUUACAUGAAGAAUUGGAUGUGAAUUUUAAUCCACAGGCUACCAGCUUAAAUUAUUCAGAUAGCAGUGAAAAUGAAGAAUCCUAUCAUGACUUUGAAAAGAGAUCAAAGAAAUGGAAAAAAGGCAAGAUUCUCUCUGAAGAUUUAUGCAAAAGGAAAAACUGCACAAAAUCACCCAAGAAGAAUUUGGGUACAUGUCAGGUAUUUGAUGAUUUCUCAAAAACUGACAUCAGCUGUGAUGACCAAAAUCAGCAGACUAAGACGCACCCUAUGGAAGAAAAGAGGAAGGCAAGGUUAUCUGAACUAUCCACAAAAAUGGAAAAUAGUAGAGAAACUUCUUCAGAGGAGGAGAUAUCAGAGUCAAGAACAGCAAAUGAGAACCAGAAAUCAGGCUUAGCUUCAGAAAGCAAUAGCAAGUGCAUCCAGGAAGAGUUAAAGAAGAAAUGCUCUGCAGCCUCUCUCUGCAACAUAUCUACUGAAGUCCUAAAAGUAAUCAAUGCAACAGAGGAACUCAUUGCAGAAUCUGCAAGACCAUGUGAUUUCCCAGCAGAAGCUUGUGAAAGAGGGAAUCGGGAAUUUCCAUUAGGGACAGAUCCUAUCCAACUUGAUGGGCAGCUCACAACGCUGGAAGAAAAUGUCUACCUGGCAGCUGGCAGUGUGUAUGGCUUGGAGAGUCAGCUAAAUGAGCUUGAGGAUGCAGCUCGGAAAAUUAACAGCAUUACUGCAGAAGCUGAGCUGGCUGAUCUAGAGGACCAAGUGGCAACAGCUGCAGCACAAGUUCAUCAUGCAGAGCUUCAGAUUUCAGAUAUUGAGAGCAGAAUUUCAGCCCUUUCAGUAGCGGGCUUGAAUGUGGCUCCAUGUGUUCACUUGACAAGAAGACAUGAUCACCAGACAAACCAGAAAUAUACAAUAGACACAUCCAGACAGCAGAGACGAAAACUUCCAGCUCCACCAAUGAAAGAUGAAAACAUGGAUGCAUCUCCAGUUACCCCUGUUAGAACAUUUAACAAGAAUUUCAUACUCCAAGGAUCUCUGACACAAAGAACAAAAAAAGAAAAAAAGAUCACUGCCAAGGAUUUGAUGGAACCAACUAUAGGGUCUUCUGUAAUGUACUAGAAUUACAAAAUUCUACUGCCAAUGACACACUGCCUAAGGCUGCACACUAGAGUGCCUUUAUAUAACAGCCAUUAUAUACAUCCAGUUUAAAAAAAAUUAAAGGAUUCUCAAGAAC